AAUAAUUAUUUUGCGUUUCUUUUUACUUCCUCCUUGUGCCCUCGCUACAUAUUUAGUGAUCUGUGAUUUAUAAUACUACUCUUUGAUUCGAUGUCAAUAUGACAAUUCGAUAUACGUCAUUUUUAUUUGUUCCUCAUUCGCCCAAGUACUACAAUUUAGAAAAUUAAUUUUUCCUUAAUCUAAAUAAAAUUAAAUAUCUUUUUGAAAUGAAAUGGAGGGAUCAGAUUUUACAGAAACCCUCAGCUGUGCUGGAUGCAUGAACAACAUUGGAAAUGAUGACUAUGUGUGUGCACUUAACCAAAACUGGCACAAAGACUGUUUUAGGUGCUCUGUGUGUGAUGUGGGCCUCACCACCUGGUACUUUGAGAAAGAGGGCCUACUAUUCUGCCGGGAUGAUUACUGGAUGCGCUUUGGUGAGAGCUGCCAUCAAUGCGCACAGGUGAUCACCGGGCCGGUGAUGGCGGCGGGCUCGCACCGCUAUCACCCGGAGUGUUUCUCGUGCUGCUCGUGCGCCGCGCACAUAGAGGACGGCCAGUCAUACGCGUUACACGAACGAUCCAGACUCUACUGGUGAGCUUUUACUUACACACUCACCUAAAACCCCCAACGGGACUGGGUGGAUGGAUUUUAUUACGUAAGCAUAAAAUAACUAUAAGAACAAGUCCGAUAUUUCAAUAGCUUGUUAAAGAAAACACAUUUAAAAUUUCAAUUGGAGUAUACCAAUAUGCGACGUCAUAACAGCGACAAGGUUAGAUUUUUUAUUAUAUUUAAAUAGACACAAAUUCUGUAUUAAAACUAUAAAUUUAGAACUUGUUAUUUUCAUUGAUAUAAAUACAAAAACUAGAGUUUUAAAUGUAUUUUGAAGGAAAAAUU